AUGUCCUUUAAGGAGAAGCUGAUGGGAUGCAAGGAAAAACAGCCAAUGAAGGAGAGAGUGGAUUUAUUUGAUGCUGGAAAGAUGACAGUGGAGUAUGUGGAUGACAAUCCAAUGCUCCCACGCAUUAGGGUGGACAAGUCGGUCAUUGAAUCCAUGUGUGCACCAUGGAGAGAGGCGUUGGUGGUUUGUCUAUUAGGCAAACGGCUUGGAUAUCGAUUAAUGAAGUCCAAGCUAGCCAGUAUCUGGAAGCCGGCGAGUGGCUUUGACCUGAUGGAUGUUGACAACGGUUUCUUCAUGGUAACCUUUGACCGGGAGGAAGAUAAGAACAAAGUGAUAGGCGGUGGUCCUUGGAUGGUCUUUGAUCACUAUCUGGCGGUCUCAACUUGGAGCCCGGAGUUCAUCUCCCCGGCAGCAAAAGUACAAAGGACUCUGGCUUGGAUCCGCAUUCCGGGGCUCAAUGUGGCGUUCUAUGAUAAGAGCUUCUUAAUGUCAGUGGUGAGGGUAAUUGGUAGACCUAUCAAGGUGGAUAUGACAACCCUAUCAGGGGAUAGGGGAAGAUUUGCUCGUAUAUGUGUGGAACUAGAUCUCACCAAAGCGGUAAUUGGAAGAAUUUGUAUCGAAGAUUUCUGGUACAAGGUGGAAUACGAAGGGCUUCAUGUGAUAUGUACCAGGUGUGGCUGCUAUGGACAUCGGAGCAAAGAGUGCAAGGGUGCCCCGCCUGAAAAGUUGAAGAAGCCGGCGACAGUAGGGGGAAGCCGAGUGAGGUGCCAAGGACCACUGAUGCUAGCAACCCAGGCGGUAGUAAUGUCGCCGGAGGAGUCGAGGAGACGAUGGAGCAAGGCCGGCAGUCGGGUACUCAGAAGAGUGCCACUGACAACGCUAGUGGGCCCCAGCCCACAAGAGCAGUGGCAACCAUUGCUGUGGAGAAUUUAG